AUGGAUCUUAUAAAAGCCCAAGAUCAAGCAAAGAUCCUGCGAGGCAGACGUAGCUCUGUCGUAACUCGGCUGUGUCAGGCGGGUUGUGUGACUUGCUCAGCCCUGAAUGGCUGUCUGUCCUGUAAGCCACGACUCUUCUUUCACUUGGAACUGGAUGGGAUGAGGCAGCGGGGGGUUUGUCUGUCCUCUUGUCCACACGGUCACUACGGCAUGCGCACUCCACCGAUCAACAUAUGCACCAGGUGCACGGAGGACUGUGCUUCUUGCUUUAACAAAAAUUUCUGCACACGUUGUCAUCCUGGCCACUUCUUGUUCCGAGGAAGGUGUGAAGAGCACUGUCCUGAGGGUCUGACUCCGAACACCUCGUUGCGAGAGUGCACUGAGUGUCCUGUAGACUGUGAGUUGUGUGUCAAGAGGAACACCUGUAACAGGUGUAGAGCAGACCUAUACUUCCUCCACGGCCAGUGCCAUCAGUCAUGCCCAAAGGGAUUUGAGCCUGAUGUACAGCUUAUGGAGUGCACUCCGCAAGUGCACUGUGAGGUCGGAGAGUGGGGAGAGUGGAGUCCAUGUGUUCACAAAGGAAGUGUCCGUGCCUACCGGAAAGGAAAGGUGACGCGCACACGGGAAAUCCUGCAAUUGCCAAGUUUGCUUGGAGACUCCUGCCCCCACAUCUCAGAGAGAAAGAAAUGUUUAAUCAAAAAGCAACCAAGACUAAGCAGGCUACAGUAA